AUGUCAGUGAAAACUAUCUAUAGACCAGUUCACACGUAUUACCGCGCAUGCGCAGGGGUCAAAGGUCGAGGCCUCAUCGGAGAUGAAAACAUGGCAGCAAACAAGCCAACCCUUAGGAAAUGCGCCUUAUGGAAGAAGGCAGAAUUGCAGAGGCAUAUGAGAGAACGGGGAAUGCCAACUACCAUGGGGGUAGAAGAGUUAAGGGCGCUUGCAUAUGCCACAGAUAUUUUGAAAAUCCAGCCUGUACCAUCCAAGGAAGACGAAGAAAAAUCGAGAUCAGAAUGCUACAGAAAGCUACUCUGCAUCGAUGGAAAGGAGCUCCCAGAUCCCCUUGAACUGAAAUAUGGAUGGGUGGGUGAGACGAACGGCAUGAGCCAGUGGCCGCCAACAAUGAUUACAGACAUUUCAACUUACCUGAAAGUCAACAAUGAAGUUGAUCUGGAGCAUCGAUUAAUGGGAGAGUACAAGGAGGGCAAGGCAUACAGCUAUUUCGCAUCAAACUUUGUUAGAGAAACACUGUAUCAUGGGAUAAGCGAUAGCCCCUAUUGUUUUAUGAAGACGGAAAGUGGUCGUUCACAGAGGAGAAAUGACGAGGACCACCAAGUGUGGAUUUGCAUCAACAAGAAACGAGGCACGGUGUUAUCUGCUUACUGCUCCUGCUUUGCUGUGCUGUCGUCCACCUGCAACCAUGUUGCGGCUGUGCUGUUCAAGAUGGACUUCGCCUGGCAACAGGGAUUUACGAACAAGUCUGUCACUGACAUGCCAUCUCAGUGGACGCAACCGAAGGGAAAGACAACCGGUCCAGAUGUGAUGGAGAUGGGGGAUUUGGAGUGGGUGAAACCAAGGUAUGGCAAGAAAAAGAACAGUACUAAUUCAUCGUCUCAGUGUUUAAAGUCACAGAAUUUGCAAAGUCCUUCCCUUCAGGAGUUGAUGGCAGCACUAUACGCAUCCAACAGAGAUUCAUGUGUCUUGCAAUAUGCAGCUCCAGAAUGCAUUGCAUCAUAUUGUCCAGAAGAUGAUGUUAACGUAGAAAUGUCUUUCUGUAAUAAAAUGCAAAAAUAA